CGGCGCGCUCGGGACCGGUGGGCGGCGGAGGCCGGAGCCGCUGGGCCGCAGGACCUGAGUCCGCGUCGGCCCCGCCAUGCGCCCGCCACCCCGGGCUGCGCCGGGGUGGCUGCUGCUGCCGCUGCUGCUCCUGCUGCCGCCGCCGCUGGCCGCCCUGGAAGCCUCUCGGAAGCCGACGCCGUGUCAGCGGUGCCGGGGGCUGGUGGACAAGUUCAACCAGGGGAUGGCGGACACGGCAAACAAGAACUUUGGCGGCGGGAACACAGCCUGGGAGGAAAAGACGCUGUCCAAGUAUGAGUUCAGCGAGAUCCGCUUCCUGGAGAUCGUGGAGGGCCUGUGUGGGAGCAGCGACUUCGAGUGCAACCAGAUGGUGGAGGAGCACGAGGAGCACCUGGAGGCCUGGUGGCUGCAGCUGAAGAAGGAGCACCCUGACCUGCAGGAGUGGUUCUGCGUGCAGACGCUGCAGGUGUGCUGUUCUCCAGGGACCUACGGCCCCCACUGUCACGCAUGCCAGGGCGGCUCCGAGAGGCCCUGCAGUGGAAACGGCCGUUGCGACGGAGACGGCAGCAGGCAAGGGGACGGGUCCUGCCAGUGCCACGUGGGGUACCAGGGCCCGCUGUGCGCUGACUGUGUGGACGGCUACUUCAGCUCGCUGAGGAACGAGACCCACAGCGUCUGCACAGCCUGUGACGAGUCCUGCAAGACCUGCUCGGGCCCCACCAACCGACACUGCAGCGAGUGCGAAGUGGGCUGGGAGCGCGUGCAGGACGCCUGCGUGGACGUGGAUGAGUGCGGGGCCGAGGCGUCCCCCUGCAGCGAGGCGCAGUACUGUGAGAACGUCAGUGGCUCCUACCUGUGCGAAGAGUGUGACCCCACCUGCGUGGGCUGCACGGGGAAGGGCCCAGGGAGCUGUAAGGAGUGCAUCGCGGGCUACGCGAGGGAAGGCGGGCAGUGCACAGAUGUAGACGAGUGCUCGCUGCCAGAGCGAGUGUGUGUGAGGGAGAAGGAGAACUGCUACAACACGCCCGGGAGCUUCGUCUGCGUGUGUCCCGAGGGCUUCCGGGACACGGAGGACGCCUGUGUGCCCAUGGCCGCGGCUGAGGUCACAGAGGAAACCCCCCCACUGCCACUGUUGCGCGAGGACCUGUGACACGUGGGGACCGCGGAGCCUGCAGUGCCCUGGGCUCCGCGCCACCGGCCGCCGGGGCUGCCGCCCUGUCUGCAAGCCCUUAGGAAUGGCGCGUUUUGAGUGUUCAACAGAUUUGUAUAUUUUGAUACCAUUCUUUAUAAUAAAAUUGACCGUUGACGGUAGUCGGGA